UACAGUAAAGUUUCAAUGUUCAUGUGUACUCCAAUUGCUAGAAGCCAUUCAUCCCCUCCCCAUUGUCGCCUAACCUCACAUCUGUUUUGUUCCUGCCAGUUCCCAGUGGGGCGUAUCCACAGGCACUUAAAGACCCGUACUACCAGCCACGGGCGUGUAGGAGCCACAGCGGCUGUAUAUAGUGCUGCCAUCCUUGAGUAUCUCACCGCUGAGGUACUAGAGUUGGCGGGUAACGCCUCUAAAGAUCUGAAGGUGAAGCGUAUCACUCCCCGCCACUUGCAGCUCGCCAUCCGUGGAGACGAGGAGUUGGACUCCCUCAUCAAGGCCACCAUAGCUGGAGGCGGUGUGAUCCCACACAUCCACAAGUCCCUGAUCGGGAAGAAGGGCCAGCAGAAGACUGCAUAGAGUAGACAGACGCCAUUUUGUUGAUCGGAACUGUGGAGGCGUGUGUUCGGACUGGACUCUGUUCGACGACGUGUGUUCGGACUCUAACCUGACCAACAGGACUUCACAUUGAUCCUUUUUAUAUUACUAUUAGCUAACGAUGAGUGAUUGGUAGUUUUUUUUACGUUAGUGUAAUAUUUCCCAUAAUUAGAGAAGGAUAAAAUAUGUAUGUUAUUUUUGGACAGGGGAAAUCAUACUUUUUUCCGGAUUUUCAGUUGACUUGUUUGAUUGGCAGGGCUURAAAUGUUUUGUACUGAAAAAUGGAAUUGUUAAAACCCAUUUUUUUAUAAAAACAAAGCUGUCGUUUGUGGUUAUUAACAAAUUUUCAUCGUUACUUUCCGUCUGUACCAUAUUGGUUUAUAAGAGAAAAUAUUUGUCAUGCACAGUGCCUUCGAAGUAUUCAACCCCUUGACUUACUCCACAAUUUUUUUUAUCAGCCUGAUUUCAGAAUUGUUUAAAUAUUUCUCAACAUGCAAAUACCUCAUAGCGACAAAAUGAAAACAUGUUAUUUUAAGUUUUAGCAACAKUGAAAAUGAAAUAGAUCUKAUUUACUGAAAUCAYUACUUUGCAGAAGCGACUUUGGUAGUAAUUACAGCUUUCAGUCGUCGGGUAUGUCUGUCAAAUUUGCACAUCUGGKRRCCCCCCCCCCACCCAACGCUCUUAAAUUAUACUGACCAGAAAUAUAAACAACAUGUAAAGUGUUGGUACCAUGUUUCAUGAGCUGAAAUAAAAAAUCCCAGAAAUGUCCAA